CGCAGUCCCGAUUGCAAACCAGAGUGCCGGAACCAAACCGCCGACACUCGAAUUUCCGCCCGGACGCGCUAGCGUGUUACGACGCAUCGACUGCUUUUGCCUGGAGGAGGCCUAUCAAGGGAGGACCGAGUAUCGGGAGACCAAGGAGAGGAGGCGAGUGAAGGACUUCCUCGUGGGGAGGGAGCUCGAGCUGCCGAGAUUCGGGAGGCCGCGCUGGGCCUGUUGAGCUAGACGUCCAAGUGCGUCGGAGAGUUCAGUCAUGUCUACACAAGCGGUGAUGCGCGCCCUGCGCAAGAACAAGACCCUUCGCUACGGAGUCCCCAUGCUGGUGCUGAUUGUUGGAGGUUCUUUUGGUCUUCGUGAGUUUUCACAAAUCCGCUACGAUGCUGUGAAAAUUAAAAUUGAUCCUGAAUUAGAAAAAAAGCUGAAAAUGAAUAAAGUGUCAUUGGAAUCAGAGUAUGAGAAAAUAAAGGAUUCCACUUUUGAUGACUGGAAGAAUAUUCGAGGACCCAGGCCUUGGGAAGAUCCUGACCUCCUCCAAGGACGAAAUCCAGAAAUCCUUAAGACUAAGACUAAGACAACCUAAGUGGAUUCUUUUCUUUCUUUCUUUUUUUUCUUUUUGACAAAAAUGCCAUCCACUGGAAUUCUUGCUACAUAUUCAGUGGGAAGAAAAUCUCAGACCUGCAGAAGCCUGGAUGUGAGCAAUGUGAUGACAGAUACUUUUGAUAAAAGUCAAAGUAACAUUACACAGUGAUUUUAUGUCAAACCUAUGUAGAAAAAUAAUACUGAUCACAGGCUGAUAAGAGUUUUGGUUUUGCUUAUAAUACUACUAAUCAGUCUCCAAAGUCUUAACCUGAUGAUUGCAUUGAUACCAUUAGAACAUGUUAAGAAAAUACCUCUCCAGACUGAAAAUAUUUGAGAAAAUAUUUGAGAAAAUAUCCAGAAAAUAUUUGUCGACCACAUAUCUGCUAAAAGACUCCUAUCUAGAAUAUAUAAAGAGCUCCAAAAACUCAAUUGUAAAAAAGCAAACAAUCCAAUCAGAAAAUGGUCAAAAGACAUAAAGUGACAUUUCACUGGAGAGGGCAUAUGAAUGGCAAACAGGCACCUGAAAAGAAUGAUUGACAUCUCUGGUCAUUAGGGAAAUACAAAUUUAGACUACACUGAGAAAUCACUACAUAUUUAUUAGAACAGCUAAAAUAAAAAAGGGACAAUUCCAAAUGCUGGCAAAGAUGUGGAGAAACUAGAUCUCAAACACAUUGCUGGUAUAAUGUAAAAUGGUACAAGUGGUCUAGAAAAUUCUUUGGCAGUUUCUUUAAAAACUGCAUAGGGGACUUCAGUUUCCGGUCCAACAGAUAGGAACCUUGGAAGUCACACGUCCCAUCCUCACACAAAGGAUAAGCUGAAAAAACUGAAAAUCAACAACUAUUCUUUGAUCCAUGAGAGAAUUGAGGACACAGAACAAAACCACCACUGGAAAAUUUGAGACGCACAAAUACAGAGGAUCACAGGUUACCUGGAGGAGAAACCACCUGGAAGCCACACCAGAUCCCGUGGGGCCAGGAGAUUCCAGGCUGGGCGAAUCACCUCGGCCGCCUCAGCUACUUGUGUCCUCUGUGUGCAGAGUUGGCUCCCCAAGGACCUGCCGAUGCCUUCAGCGCAUCAGAACCACAUGAACCCUGCACUCCACAACCAGGAGUCCUAACAAAGCACAGACGAGAAAAUCUUCCACAUCUGGUGUUCUGAGGAGCUGCCAACCAGCUGGGCUCUACUCCCUUUCUACAGCUAUUCCCUCUGCCUUCGUGCUUUGUGCUCCGCUUUCUCCUAUUUUUUUCUCACCUCCCUUUUCUUGCCAACAUAAACCUUGACACCAGAAACCAGGGCUCCUGAGCAUCAGAUGCCUGCAGGCAGUAAUAAUCAAAGCUUCCUGGUGGGCCGUCGAACCUGCUGCUUCACAAACAUCCUGCUCCCCACAGACACAUGUACACAUACCCAGACGCACAUGGUGGGCACCUGAGUGGGGAGGGACCAUCUGGGACAGUGGCCCUGGCAGGUAGCUCUGAGGUCUGCCCUCAGCAGCAUGAGUCACCAGUCCAUGUCAUCGCCGGGGGGCAUGUUUACUCCUGUGCCAUAAAGGGAUGAUGUCCUUGCACAUUGCCUUUUCCUUGAUCUGGAGAAUUCCUUCGGGGCAAAUCAAGUUUUCCUCAGGCAUUGGGGAACAAGAAAAGAAACUCCCAAAUCCUACACUGGACACCGUGUGUGAGAAAACACCCCACUUUCGGAAAUCCCAGCUCUUCACCAACAAAGGCCCAGCAGGGAGGUUCUUCAGGCUUGUUUGGUGAUUUUUGUGGGAAGGGCCUGGGCGAGCAGACUAAGUAUAUUGGGAAGCACACAGGGAAAACAUCUUGAAAAAGUGGUGUAAAGGUGUCCACUCCUAAGCAGUUCCUUGGACUUUACAGUAUUGUGAAGGCCCCAAGGGCAGCCUUCUGUCCCCUAUCUGCUUCUUUCCUUUCCCAUUAAGGAAAUCAAGAAGCACCACAGUUGUCUUGUUCCCUCUUUCCCCCUUUUCCUUUGCUAAUUGCUUUUACCAUGAUCUUUCUCUUAAGUUCUGGUAUGUAAAGAUCAGAGAAGCCCAUAGAUAGCCAAGUGUCAAUCCAUGCACUCAGGCCACAGUUGGCCCCAGAAAAUAACAUCUCCUACUCUUUGCUAGAAAAAAAUCUAGACGCUUCAUCAGUUUAUGCCAGCUAAAAGCCUCCGUUUCUCCUACAAUUGAGGUAGGGCCUGCAUUUAUUAAGGUGUCAGAAUAAGAGAAUGUGAAAUUUUCUCAAAAGAUCACCCAUCUUUGAAUAAGAUCCUUAUUUUACAGAAGAGGAAUAUGAAGCCAGAGGAAAAGAGACGAGUUGCCCAAGGUCACCCAGGUGAUUAGUAGAUGAUUCUGGGCUGAACUUUAGUUAUCCUGACUACCAAUUGAACAAACCCUCCUGUUCACUCGCAGUUCAAAGGGUCGGGUAGGGACCAUUAUUUUUUUCUAAAGGUCAUAAAGCCUGCAUAUCUCCAUUUGUGACUAUGUGUGAGGAUACAAGCUCCUGAGAGCAGGGACACUGUUUUUGACAUUUGUAACAGUGCUAGGUGAACACAUGCUAAAAAAUGUUUAUUCAAUGAAGAAUGUUAAAACAGGCUCCACCUGGUAUAGUUCAGGCUCCUCUAGUGGGCAGCACAGAGCCAGAAGCUUUAAAACAGCUCAGUUCUGGGGGCACCUGGGUGGCUUGGUCGGUUAAGCGUCCGGCUUCGGUUCAGGUCAUGAUCUCACGGUCCCUGAGUUCGAGCCCCGCGUCGGGCUCUGUGCUGACAGCUCAGAGCCUGGAGCCUGCUUCAGAUUCUGUGUCUCCCUCUCUCACUGCUCCUCCCCUGUUCAUGCUCUCUCUCUGUCUCAAAAAUAAAUAAA